CAUUGGGGUUUUUUAGCCACUUUGGAAAUUUGGAAGACCAGCCUUCAGACAGGAAAAUGACUUAUAAAAGGGCAUGCACUUGGGUGUCUUGUCACUUGAAGACAUUGUUGAGCUGCAACAAUGCUACGCAAGGGUAUUACGGAGAGCUUUGGAGCUGCUAUCCAUGCCCUCAGAACCACUCAGCUGACAGAUGGUGUGAUUAACAGGAGCAAAAGGAUGAUGCUGGACACUCUGGGUGUUGGGCUGUUAGGAACCAAGACAGCUGUCUUCAACAAGGCUCUCAAGUACAGCCAGUUGUUCACGUCUGACGAGAGGAGCAGUGUUUGGGGUAACUCAGAGAUAACUCUUCCUCCUCACUAUGCUGCAUUUGUCAAUGGCAUUGCGGUUCACUCCAUGGACUUUGAUGACACGUGGCACCCUGCUACUCAUCCUUCAGGAGCUGUGCUACCGGCCCUGUUGGCCCUGGCAGAGACACUGCCCAGCCAGCCCUGUGGUCUAGACCUGCUUCUGGCCUUCAACGUUGGCAUCGAGGUGCAGGGCAGACUCAUGAGGUUCUCCAGAGAGGCCUACAACAUCCCUGAAAGAUUCCACCCUCCAAGUGUUGUUGGGGUGAUAGGAUGUGCUGCAGCCUCGGCUAAGCUCCUGGGUCUGUCCCCUGCACAGUGUAGUCAUGCUCUGGCUGUCGCAGCCUCCUCUGCUGGGGCUCCCUUGGCCAAUGCUGCCACACAGACCAAACCUCUCCAUAUAGGAAAUGCUGCUCGAAGAGGCCUGGAGGCCGCCCAUCUGGCCCAGAUGGGUCUGGAGGGGAAUCCAGCCAUCCUGGAUUUGGACUGUGGGUUUGGGGUUUACUACAAGGACUACGUCUCAGCAAUGGCAGUUUCUGCUACAAGUGACUUUAAAUGGAUUCUAGAAGAUCAGGAUGUGGCCUUCAAGCGCAUCCCUGCUCAUCUGGGGAUGCACUGGGCUGUGGAUGCAGCGCUGGCAGCCCGCGCAAAGCUUGAAAAUACAGUCGGGAACUUUGACCUCAGCCAGAUCAGGCAGGUCAAACUUCGAGUGCCUCCAUCCAAGUACAUUGACUGCCCCUUACCUGCUACAGAGCACCAAGCCAGGCACUCAUUUCAGUUCAAUGCCGGCUCCGCCUUGCUGGAUAACAAAGUGACGGUGUCUUCCUUCAGUGAAGAGCAGAUUAACCGGCCUGCUCUUAAGGAGCUCUUGUCCAAAGUCAAGGUGGAUACACCUAAGGAUAACCAACCCAGCUUUGACAAGAUGUACUGCGAGGUUGAGAUAGAAACACAUCAGGGUCAGAUCUAUGUGGCCAGAUGUGAUACCUUUUAUGGCCACUGGAGGAAGCCACUGAGUCAGAAGGACCUGGUGGGGAAGUUCAGCCUUAAUGCUUCUUCAGUGUUGUGCACGGAGGGAGUAGAGGGCGUGAUUGAUGUGAGGAACAUUGAGAAUGUGAGAGAAUGCUCAAUCUUGGGUUCAUAUCUGAGAAUGACAAGUAGUCAACACAAGCAGUUAUACAGCACAAGGAGUUUCUGAUUAUACGGUAUUUGAUGAAGCCAGUGUAGUGUGUUAUCUGUGUGAAGACAUUAAAUAUUUUAAACGUUUCCACAUAGCAUGCACAAGAAUAAAUAUCACAGUGUAAAUAUCUCAUCUUUUCUUCCACUAAGUGUGAAAUAAAGUGAACUGACAAAGUGAA